AUGGGUUACACCGAGCUCGAUCAAUUGGCCAUCAACACGAUCCGUGUUCUCGCGACUAACAAUUCCGGCGUGACGCAGGUCGAUGCCACAUCCAAGGCCAACGCCGGUCAUCCCGGUGCCCCUAUGGGCCUGGCCCCGGUCGCCCACGUCCUCUUCAACAAGUUCAUGAACUUCAACCCCAAGAACCCUGACUGGGUCAACCGGGAUCGAUUCGUCCUCUCGAACGGCCAUGGCUGCAUGCUCCAGUAUGCUCUGCUGCACCUCUUCGGAUACAAUGUUUCCAUUGAAGACCUGAAGAACUUCCGGCAAAUCGGAAGUAUCACCCCUGGACACCCGGAAGCUAAGGAAACUCCUGGUGUCGAGGUCACCACUGGCCCGUUGGGUCAGGGUUUCAGCAACGCCGUCGGUCUGGCCAUUGCCCAGGCUCACACCGCCGCUGUGUUCAACAAGCCCGGCUAUGAGCUGUUCAACAACUACACCUACACCAUCUUCGGUGACGGUUGCGCCAUGGAGGGUGUUGCCUGCGAGGCCGCCAGCAUGGCUGGUCACCUGAAGCUGGGUAACCUCAUUGCCAUCUACGAUGACAACCACAUCUCCAUUGAUGGUGACACCAAGGUCGCUUUCACCGAGGAUGUCCUGAAGCGCUUCGAGGCCUACGGCUGGCACACCCAGUGGGUCAAGGACGGUGACCACGAUCUCCAAGCCAUUGAGGACGCCAUCCGCAAGGCGCAGGAGGUCAAGGACAAGCCCUCCAUCAUUAAGCUGACCACCACCAUUGGUUACGGUUCCAAGCUCCAGGGCACCGCUGGCGUGCACGGCAACCCCCUGAAGGCCGACGACGCCCAGAGCGUCAAGCGGAAGUUCGGAUUCAACCCCGACCAGAGCUUCGUGGUUCCCCAGGAGGUCUACGACCUCUAUGGCAAGCGCGCUGCUGAGGGAGCUGCCAAAGAGCAGGAGUGGAACGCUCUGCUGGAGAAGUACGCCACUGAAUACAAGGCCGAGUACGACGACCUCCUCCGUCGUCUGUCGGGCAAGCUGCCCGAGGGAUGGGAGAAGAACCUCCCGACCUACAAGCCCACCGACGCCGCGGUCGCUUCCCGCAAGCUGUCCGAGACUGUCCUGGAGAAGAUCCACGGCGUGAUCCCUGAGCUGCUGUCCGGAUCUGCCGACCUGACGGGCUCUAACAACACUCGCUGGAAGAACGCGGUCGACUUCCAGCCUCCCGAGUACGGAAUCGGCGACUGGUCGGGCCGCUACCUCCGUUACGGUGUGCGUGAGCACGCCAUGGGUGCCGUCAUGAACGGUCUCGCUGCCUAUGGCACCGUGAUCCCCGCUGGAGGUACCUUCCUCAACUUCGUCUCGUACGCUGCCGGUGCUGUCCGUCUGUCGGCCCUGUCUCGCGUCCGGGUGAUCUGGAUCGCGACUCACGACUCCAUCGGUCUGGGUGAGGACGGUCCUACCCACCAGCCGAUCGAGACUCUGGUGCACUUCCGUGCCACGCCCAACCUGAUGGUCUGGCGCCCGGCCGACGGCAACGAGACCAGCGCCGCCUACUACUCGGCCCUGACCGCGAAGAACACGCCCAGCAUUCUCGCCCUGACCCGGCAGAACCUUCCUCAGCUGCAGAACUCGACGAUCGAGGCCGCCCUGAAGGGAGGUUACGUCAUUCUGGAGGCACCGGAUGCCGCCAUCACCAUCGUGUCGACCGGAUCCGAAGUCAGCCUCAGCAUCGACGCUGCCAAUUACCUGAAGGAGAAGCACGGCAUCGUGGCCCGUGUCGUGUCCCUGCCGUGCUGGGAGGUGUUCGACGCGCAGGACAAGGCGUACCGUCUGCAGGUCAUUCCGGACGGCAUUCCCGUGCUGUCCGUCGAGGCAGCAUCGACGAUUGGUUGGGAGCGGUACUCUCACGAGCAAUUCGGUCUGAACCGCUUCGGUGCUUCUGGCCCGUACAAGGAGUUGUACAAGAAAUUCGAACUCACCCCAGAGGGCAUCAGCAAGCGCGCCAUCGCCACCAUCGAGUACUACAAGGGCCAGAAGGUCCGCUCCCCGAUCAACCGCGCUUUCGAGCAGGUUGUGUAG